CUCUCAAACCAUGAACCUAAUAGUCAGAACUCUGCAGCUGAUCGGCUACUGGAGUCACCCGGAGCGUUCCUUCAGAGCAGUCCAAGCCAUCUGCUUGAUAGCCGUGGUCCUCAUAUGGGUCAUCAUUCCUGAAUUGGCGUUCAUCAUACGCCAGGAGCCCAACUUCGUUAUCAUUGUGAGGAACUUGGCAGAGAUUCUCAUCAUUGGCAUGGUCGUUCCGCAGGGUUCGAUUGCUUUGUAUUACCGUCCUUUGCUCGAAAAAACAUACCGUGAAGUUCGAUCAAUUUUUGAUACGGUUUCCACAGAUUCACACAGGGAUGUUCAACGGGUAAUUAAGCACAUGAAGAUUUUCUCAGAGUGGACAUUCAAGGGAUAUAUGGGAGCUGAAGUAGUGUUCGCAGGGCCUUAUUUUAUAUCGGUACCCGUUACAACAAUUUUGAAGUACUCUUCGACUGGGGUGUCGUCCACAUUGAAAGGAGUGUUCGAGGCUGACUACUUACUUUUUGACCUCCAAUCCAACGUAUGGUUGUGGCUAAUGACGGUCGUCGUAAAUAUCGCUGUAAUGGUUUAUGUGGUACUAUUUCUUGUCUCGAGUCAUUGUUUGUUCUGGAGUUUGCUGCACAACGUGUCGGGAUUAUUCAAAAUCAUAAGCAUGAAAAUCGGUCGCCUGGACGAGCUCAUCGACGAUGUGCAGCGCCACGAAGAACUGGUCACGAUAGUAGGGCUGCAUGAAUCGGCAUACAGAGGGGCACGCGCAUUGGAAAAAUCUCUCAAUGCCUUCAUGCUCAUAUUGUACGGAAUGUGCAUUUUGAAUAUUUGCCUGACAAUGGUGGCCUUGUCGUUGCCAAACAUCGACUGGGACUUGCUGCUCAAAAUGACUGUAGUAAUGAUGUAUCUUCUGUGUCAUAUUCUUGCUUAUUCCAUACUCGGUACGGAACUGAUGUGUGCAAGUACAGCAACUUCAGAAGCAUUCUACAAAUCACAAUGGUAUAUGCGAUCAGUUCAAGAACAACGAACCAUCCUGUUUGCUUUGGCCAGAUCGCAGAAGAUGGCAGCACUGACUACGGGGAAAUUUUUCCACGUCAGUCGAACCACAUUUGGAAUGGCGUUACGAAGUGCUAUGUCGUAUUUUGCCGUAUUACGACAAGUAUACGGUGCCCAGUGAAGGUGGCAGCUCGAUUGUGAAGAUGACCUCACAAUUUGUAGUGUCUACACCGUAAUUGACCACGACAAUCGAAGUUACACAAUUAAUCAACAAACGGAAGUUGAAAGUAGCUUACCGUUCUCAAUGUGCACUUUCGAGAAUAACGACUCUGGCCACUUCCUUACGAUCACCGAGGAAGGGAAGGAACCUUAGUAUAACGUGCGUUGCUACUAGAGACAGAGAUCAGCACUGCGUCUCCACGACUGUCACGGGAAGGAGUUUUUCUUAGUAAGAAAAGGGAGCAGUAACGUGAUCUGGAUACACUUUGGCAAAUGAUGAGAUUCAUGCAACUUCUAUUUAAAUCAAAACAUUUAUUUUCAUUUUGUUUAAAAUACAAUACAUGUUGACACCAAAGAUGACGAACUUUUUUUUUUGUUAAUGCAAAAAUUAAUGGAAAAAAUAAAUAAUGAGU